CGCCUCACUCCCCUCUGACCCGGUGUCUCGUCUCUCUCUCUUCCUGUUCCAAACCACGUGGACGCGCCGGGGGCUGCGGGAGGGAACUCAGGCCGCCCCUGCCGCUGUCGCCGCUACUGCCAGUACCGCGACCCCUUCGCCCAUCCGAAGUCGCCUCAUCCCUGCUGCCCGCGCCUUUGCGUAGGGCGUGCACAUGGCGACCCAGGCUCACUCCCUCAGCUACUCAGGCUGCAACUUCUUGCGCCAGCGUCUGGUCCUGUCCACUCUGAGCGGGCGCCCAGUCAAAAUCCGAAAGAUUCGGGCCAGAGACGACAACCCCGGCCUCCGAGAUUUUGAAGCCAGCUUCAUAAGACUGUUGGACAAAGUAACUAAUGGUUCUCGAAUUGAAAUAAACCAAACAGGAACGACCUUAUAUUAUCAGCCUGGCCUCUUGUAUGGUGGGUCCCUGGAGCAUGACUGCAGCGUUCUUCGCGGCAUUGGGUAUUAUCUGGAAAGCCUGCUCUGCCUGGCUCCAUUUAUGAAGCACCCGCUGAGAAUAGUUCUGCGAGGAGUGACCAAUGACCAGGUUGACCCUUCGGUUGAUGUUCUGAAGGCAACAGCACUCCCUCUACUGAAACAGUUUGGGAUUGAUGGUGAAUCUUUUGAGUUAAAGGUUGUACGACGGGGAAUGCCUCCUGGAGGAGGAGGUGAAGUGUUUUUUUCAUGUCCUGUGAGGAAGAUCCUGAAGCCUAUUCAACUCAUAGAUCCAGGAAAGAUCAAACGUAUCAGAGGAAUGGCGUAUUCGGUACGUGUAUCACCUCAGAUGGCAAACCGGAUUGUGGAUUCUGCAAGGAGCAUCCUCAACAAGUUUUUACCCGAUAUCUAUAUUUACACAGACCACAUGAAAGGCAUCAACUCUGGGAAGUCUCCGGGUUUUGGGCUGUCCCUGGUUGCCGAGACCACCAAUGGCACUUUUCUCAGUGCUGAGCUGGCUUCCAACCCACAGGGCCAGGGCACAGCAAUGCUGCCUGAAGAUCUCGGCAGGAACUGCGCAAGGCUGCUGCUCGAAGAGAUCUACCGGGGUGGAUGCGUGGACUCGACCAACCAGAGCCUGGCUCUAUUACUCAUGACCCUUGGACAGCAGGAUGUUUCCAAAGUCCUGCUCGGACCACUCUCUCCCUACACGAUAGAAUUUUUGCGGCAUUUGAAGAGCUUUUUCCAGAUUAUGUUUAAAAUCGAAACCAAACCGUGUGGUGAAGAACUCAAGGGAGGGGAUAAAGUGCUGAUGACUUGUGUUGGCAUUGGCUUCUCCAACCUUAGCAAGACCCUCAAGUGACACUGUCAGAAGAUGAAAGGCCCAAAGGCUUCUAGACAACGCAGAAGCUGCCAAGGAACCAAAGGGACCAGAUUCAUCCAGGACUUUCCAGCUUCCCAUUUGAAAACAAUCAGGAUAUCCAAACAAAGGACGUCUCUCUACCUUGUGGUUUUUAGCCAUUUCUCCAGGGCAGACAUUCCUCGGGAGGCCCAGUCACAGCGGGAGCUCCCUCGGCUUACCUGGAUGAAGGGUGUGCCUUCGGGACCCAAUUGGACUGCUACAGCAUCACAGCUGAGUUUUAGCACUGCUUCCUGACCCCACAUCCCUGGGCUUCCGCCGUCUGGCUAUUUUCCAGACCUUUGGAGUUUGUUACAGUUCCUUCUGCAAGGACUGACCCCCCUGAAUCUUGGUUUCUGUGUAGGGAUUAAAUGAGAUGCUAUGAGUGGUAUCCCUUUAUGAAUAAUGCCAUGUAAUGCAAAUGUCAGAAAUUGGUGUGUUAGAACUUUUUAUCCCUUGUCUUCUGAAUGGACUACUAUCUUGGAGAUACACUGCUCCCCAUCUGGUUCAUUGUAUGUGGAUUUUAGGGGAAUGAAUGACUAGGGAGUGCAAGGAUCCAACUAAAGUUAUUGAAAAUUUUCCAUA